CUUCUCACUGUGGCACUAAUAAUCCCUCAUACAGUCUUUGACGUACGGCUGUUUUCACCGAUUUGACCAUGUUUGUCUCCUCCCCUCCCAUGGCAGUUUUUUACCGCAGCCUGCCGCAAGCAAACGAAGCAUCACUAGAGCAUGUGCUCAACAUGUCAACAUUUUGGCCGUUUCUAAUGCUAUAGCCUAUUACCGCGAUUUAUGAAAUCUCUUGUUUUAAAUCGUUUUUGAGGGACAAUUUCAUAAACCCUAGAUGUCUAUUAAAAGCGACAUAUGAAAGUAAAACUUCGUUCUGCGUUUUCACAACUAACGCUAACGUUAAUCUUACUGGCAGUGUGGAGUGACCCCGUUCAAACCACCAAAGCGACUAUCGAUAACUAGCCCGCGUCUGCAUCCAGAGCGAUGCCUCCCGGUGUUGUGACCGCGCCGCGGAGCUCAUCCGGCGGCUGCUUCUGCGCCUGCUGCGUGGUGAAGAUGAAACCUCAUUUCACCGAGAACUCCGUAAUCUCUCAGGGGGAAAUUUAUCAGCUCAUUAGUGAAAGUUUCCUGACAGUUAAAGGAGCUGCUCUCUUCUUACCUCGAGGAAAUGGCUCCUCUCCCUCAUCUGCCUCUCGCUUCUCACAGCUGCGCAGCAAACAUGCAGGAGACAUCCAGCAGCAUCUGCAAACCAUGUUCACGCUCCUUAGACCAGAGGACAACAUCAAAUUGGCGGUUCGUUUGGAGAGCGCACACACUCCAAUCACCCGCUACAUGGUGGUGGUUUCAACCAAUGGUCGUCAAGACACGGAGGAGAGCGUGGUGCUGGGAAUGGAUUUCAGUCCUGUGGAUAGCUCAUGUUCUGUAGGGCUGGUUUUGCCCUUAUGGAGCGACACGUUGAUACAUCUGGACGGAGAUGGGGGUUUCAGUGUGUCAACUGAUAGCAGAGUGCAUGUAUUCAAGCCAGUUUCUGUGCAGGCCAUGUGGUCAGCCCUCCAGUCACUCCAUAAAGCAUGCGAGGUGGCUCGUUGUCACAACUACUUUCCAGGCAGCUUGUUCCUCACCUGGGUCAGCUACUAUCAAAGCAGGGUCUACUCCGACCAAGCACGCAUCAACGAGUGGAACACCAUGCAGGAUGUGCAGUCACACCGUGCUGAUUCGCCCGUUCUCUUCUCCGAUGCACCUACAGAAAGAGAGCUAACAGAGCGUCAGAUCAAAACCAGUUUGAGGGAGAUCAUGAUGCAGAAAGACCUUGAGAAUGUCACUUGCAAAGAGAUCCGAACAGAGCUGGAAAUGCACAUGACAUGCAACCUGCGAGAGUUUAAGGAGUACAUUGACAAUGAGAUGAUUGUUAUUCUGGGCCAGAUGGACAGUCCUACAGAGAUCUUUGAUCACGUCUUCUUGGGAUCUGAGUGGAAUGCAUCCAAUUUGGAGGAGUUGCAGAACAGUGGGGUUCAGUACAUCCUGAAUGUAACCAGAGAGAUUGAUAACUUCUUCCCCGGUGUGUUUGAAUAUCACAACAUCCGUGUUUACGAUGAGGAGGCCACUGACCUGCUUGCUUAUUGGAAUGACACCUACAAGUUUAUCUCUAGAGCCAAGAAAGCUGGAUCUAAGUGCCUGGUGCACUGUAAAAUGGGUAUAAGUCGCUCUGCAGCUACAGUGAUCGCUUACGCCAUGAAGGAGCACGGCUGGGAUUUGAAAAAAGCCCUAGAUUACGUCAAGGAGCGUCGAGCUGUGACGAAACCUAAUCCCUCUUUUAUGAGACAGCUGGAGGAGUAUCAGGGCAUACUACUUGCCAGCAAGCAGAGGCACAACAAACUGUGGCGUUCUCACUCUGACAGCGACCUGUCUGAGCACCAUGAGCCACUGUCUAAAUCUCAUGCCCAACCACAUAGCCUGGGCCGCUCUGACCUUCAUUACCAGGCCAGCACCACGUCUGAUCCCUCUGUGAAAGAACUGCUGGAUUCACUUGGAACCUCGACCAUCACUGGCAAAGCAACACACUCUACCAGCCAGCCUGAUACUGGCAUCCACUCCAAUAAACUCAACUCUUCGUACUUUCAGGGUGUGGCAGCUCCAUCAAGCAAUGCUGAAGCUCCAAGCCUUAAGGCUCCUUCUCAUUCCGCUGCAGUCCUAAUCCCCCAGUUGGAAUCCCCUUGUCCUGAGCCCACAGCUGGCUCUGUGUCUCCGUUAUCUCCUCCACUCUCCAAUGGCUUAUGUGACUCUGAGGAGCAGCCAUCAUCACCUCCUCUCUUCCAGCCAAGGGCCGCCACUGUGGUGCCCGAACCUCAAAAGACAGACAUGGUAACUAUUGCACAGAGUGUUUUAGUGGGCCAGCCUCACCCGCCUCCAUCCUUUCACCACCUCCCCCUCUCCCCUGCCCCAUCCCCAACUCCAGUCUACAUGGAUGAGGUUAUCAAACCACAGGUGUUGUCCUGUUCUCUGCCUGUGAUAAAACCAAUGCUAGUGUCAGUGCCUGAGCCCAUAACAACACCAAGCACACAAAAGGCUGGACCCCAAUGUCUGCCUGCACCAGUGCCUGUCAAAGAAACAGACUGUGACCAACAGAUGUGUGGCUUGUCUUUGGGCUGUUUAGCAGCACCCCCCCCCUCCACUAGUGAAUUAAUCCGCAACCCCAGUGCCAUUCCACAAGACGACGAGGUGUUGAUCGGCCACAGCGCAGAUCACAUUAACUUUUUCAGUGCCAGAGAAAAGUUCAAGGGGAUGAGUCAAGAUGAUAAAACUCACUGUGCUGCGGGGCAGCAGUCGCCCCAGCUGAAGAGUUGUGGCAAGGAUCAACCACUACUGCCUCAGGAGGUUUCCACUAGUGAGGGGAAGGUGGAGGAGAAAAGAAAGGAAGUGAGCAAGUUGAGGCAGGAGAUGGAGGAUGGAGAUCUUUUAUCACAGAAGGAAGCUGAGAAUGUAAAAGAGGAAGUGAAAAACAAAGAGGAGGAGGAGGAGGCAGCGCCUGCUCGUCUCUAUAGCGAUUGGACGAGGGGGUCCGUGCGGCGUGUCACACAACAGCUGGAGCAAAGAAUGAAACAGGAGCAUGAAACCGUGUCACCCUCCUCAUCUCCACCGUCCCUCUCCCGCAGCUCCUCCGGCUGUCAGCGGCGUCCACCCAAUGUCAAUGCUGUGACGUUGUCAGAUCCACAGGAUGCAUCAAUUGGUUUACAGGUGUCAGAAGCUCUGCAGGAAGAGCAGGAGAAGGAUGAUGGGAAGUUUGGACCAGUUAAAAGGGAGAGUGGUGAUGUAGUUGAGAUGGGGGCACUAGGAAAUAAUACUAGAAGCACAAAAGGACUCAAACUCCACUCUGCAGAUACUAGAUUGCUCUCUACCUCCUCUUCUUUCCACCACUCUGUCCAUUCUCCCUUUGCCUCUGUGAACUUCCUGUGUUUGGAGGGUGUGACAGAGUUGGAGACAAGCACAGACUGGGACUGCUCCACAGAGGGACCUCAUGGUGACGUUAUCAUGAGGGAGACAUGGGAGACAUUGUGCGAGCUGGGUGCCUUCCUGCAGCAGGUGAGCAUGGAUGGAGCUUGCAAGGCCAGAUGCGUGGACCAGGUUUUUGGCCUCAGUGCUGGAACCACUCGGAAGCGAGGAAGCGUUGGCUUGAAGAGGGUCAAAGAGGUGGAAGCAAGGAUUCGCCAGGCUGGACUGACUCCUCCAUCCCUGAUGAAGCGCUCAGCCUCUCUGGCCAAACUAGGCUGUCUGGAGCUGCUAGCCAAUGACCUUAGUGAGUGGGAGCUCAGCCGCUCCUCUGUAGCUCCGUCCUCCACAGAACCUCCGAUCCACACGGCUAGCGAUGAGUCCAAGAAGCAGCGGGUCCACAACUCUCCUUCCUCAGCCGGCCAGCAACUAGAAGUCCCCGGGACUGAUGCGGAGAGGCUUUCUGACGUUGGAGAAACCUCAACUGGAGUCUCUCCACCAUCCAGUCCGCAGAGAGAACAAGUCCCUAGCUCUGACCAAGAUUCUCUGCAUUUGCCUGGGCUGACAUUUACGGCAACAAAGCAGCAAUAUGGAAGGACUCACCCCCUGAGGCGCCUUAAGAAACGGACUGCUAGUACCCUCUACCACACCAUGUAACCCUCAUGUGUGUGUGUGUGUGUGUGUGUGUGAGAGACAGAGAGGGAUCAUGCACGCCUGUGAGAAAUAGAGAUCAAGUGCAUAACGUUGGAUUUAUUCAGCAAAACAGACCAAUGCCUCUUGCCUUAAGGAUAUGUUAAGAAGUUUCUGUACAUUUUGUCCCUCUGUGAAAUCUGAGAUAUGAGAUACCUUUCUCAGUGCAAGAACAGUGACAAGGCUAUGAAGGGUCCGGUCAGUUGAAAUUCAAACUUGGAAUCAAAUUUGACGUGCUGUGUACUAUAAAACCUAGUUUAGAAUAAGUCCUUCAACAAGCAGCAAAAACAAUCAUUCAAAUGAAUAACUUGUUUCAAAUGUUAACAUGCCUGAGCCUGCACAUAUUCUCUCUUUACACCAUUGCUGGUUCCUCCAUCACGAACUUGAUUUACUUGAUCGUUGUUGGUUCAUUCAGUACUCAGACCUGAUGUUAGGUGGAAGGUAGCCUCUGUUUUCCUCUUUUUAUGCUGUCAUGUCUAUUCAUUAAUAUUUUCUAGUUGUGUUGGGUAGAAAAUGAUACAGCUGGUGCAAUCUGACAAGUAAUCAGUUCAACAUCCAUACUUCUCAAACCUGCAGAUUUGGCUCAAAAUGGUCAUGUAAAGUUAGUCUAUAUACUUUGUGUUCCACUUCUGGGAUUGAUCCGGUACUGCAGGAAAUUCCACCGGAUGCAUGUAAUUUCCAUUUCUUACCGCCGUCUUGGUGUUAGAAUUUUAAAUUUGGUGGAUUUAUGAAGCCUAAUGUUGCUCCUCAGAUCUCUGAAGGGUAAAUUGAGACAGCUAGCUAGACUAUUUGUCCAGUCUGAGUUUUCUCUCGCACAACUGUUUUGCAGCGGCUCUGUGCAGAGUUGAGCACCGCCCAUGACAAUUCUUAUUGGUUUAAAGAAAUACCAUUAAACCAGAGCAUGGUUCCUCCCAUCCCUGAAUGCUAUGUGGAUUAGCCAGACCCUCAGUGAGCAAGCUUUGGAGGAGGGUCUGGCAAAACGAGACUAUGUAAAGUUAAACUUAGUACAUAGUACUGACAAUACCAAUUCUGUAAUUUAUGCUGUCUGGAGACUGCUUUUAAACAUGGGUUGUGCUUACAGCAGUGCAUCUAAAGGAAAAUGAGCUCAGGUUGAACCACAGACAACAGUUUAGUGUUUUCCCCCAAAGAGAGGUGUAUCCAGAGCUGGUGACUGGAACAUAAACUGAAAAUGGCUGCAUAGUUGUGCCGCAGUUUAUAUUAAAGAAGAAAAAAAAAUGCAAAGAGUAAUGCUGUUUUUGUUUUUUUUUUGUUUUUUUUUACUACACAAUACCUCAGUAAGUCUUAACCACAUCUGACCUGCACAAACUUCAGGCUCUGGAUUCCUGGAAUGUCUCUGUUGGUCAAAAACAAUUUCAACUUCUCUACUCGAACUGAAGUAAACUCAUUUUUCAUGUCUUCUCACAGUUCUGAUGCCACUCAAACUAGACAUUAAAUGUUUGUAUUGCUGUGUGGGAGAAAACAGGUUAGGGGAUUUGGAGUUAAAGGCAGAGUGUAUAAUUGUGAGUUUUCUGCUAUGUUCUCUUUGGGAUGUAAAGGUCUAUAUUGUGAGUGUUGACAUUUUAGGAACUGUACAUGUUUUAAUAUCUGGUUUGUGUGUGUGUGACUGUGUAGCACAACUUUACCAUGUGGGUAUGUACUUUUCGUUAUUUUUUUUUAUUAUCUCUUUUGUACACAUUUUAGGAGUGCGCCUGUGACUGGCACGUGAAGCUGCUCUGCAGUCUAUCAGAAAUGUCUGUACAGGGAGAUCUGUCAUACAUGCACUUUACUCCCUUCUUAAUUUUAAUGUGGCUUUUUUAAUGUAUGGUUGCUACUUUUGGGGAGCAUGCUUAGCAGAUGUUGGGUAUUGUCAAAAACAGAGUUUCCUUUGUUUUUUAUUUCAAACUAUCAGUGUAAAUAUUCUUUUAUAUCAUGUGCUUCAACUGUGACCAUUAAACAAUGGAAAUCAU